AAAUAAAUUCCGUAAAUGUCAAAAAUGGUUACACUUACACAUUUCCCUUUUUCUUUUAGAAAGCAAAAAAUGGUAUGUGAUUGUAAAAAAAAAAAAAUAUUGAUCUACAAAGACUACAAUGUGAAAUAAUAAGAAAAAAAUUGCGAAAAAGAUAUGAUUCGUGUCGGUCUAUAGGAAAAAAAAACCAAAUAUUAUAUUUAGGGGGAAAAUUAUAACUCUGGGUUUUCAAUUUCUGGCUCGUUUUUUCCUUUUCAGGAAUCUUUUCAACUUCUGAUAGCAACUUUUAAAUUUCCUGAAUUUUCCAUCAAGAUUUUGCAGAUUGAAGGCUAACUUAGAGCUUCCAAUUUUAUCACUGUAAAUAACCAUUAUUUUCCUGCAUUGGGUACUUAGUUUGUGAUAGUCUGGCUAUUUUCUGGUUUGGGACAUUUGAGGUGGCCGGAUUCAAUCAGAUAUCAAAAGGGGUGGUGGAUUUUACCUCAUUUUCACUUUUCCGGUAAGAUUUUGAUACCGAUCACAAUACAAAUUGAAGUGGUUUAUGCUGUUCUUGUGAUUCUGAAUCAAAAUCGAGAGUGCUAUAUAUGCUGCAAAAUCAAGAUGGGAAUUUUUGUUUUUGCUAAAUGCUUCACAUUACCGAUUCUAGCUCAAUUCGGUUUGUUGUGAAUGGUUUACUACUUUGCUGAUUAUCUAAUUGAUGCGUCCGGGUGUUUUAGCCCCUGGAAUUUUGCUGGAACGCUUUUUGUGAACAUGUUCUUGAGAUUGAAUUUUGUGACAUGCGAUGGUUGGGCUGUAAAUGAUUGAGAUAAUGACUAGUUUUAGCAGAAGUGUUUCAUUAAAACAAAGGGUUUCAACCAUUGGCAGUCCUAGAGCUGUUGGCAGCCCUAGACUUAGCCGAAGGAGUUGGAGUUCUAGGUCCAUUCUGAUACCCAUUGGGAUAGCGUUUGUUCUUUCUUUUUUCUUGGCUAUUGGUUUGAGGUAUCUGUAUGUUCUUCCCAGUCUUACACAGACUUCUCGUUUUCAAGACAACAGUGUUUCUGGUUUGAAUGGUUCAGAUAAUUCUUGUGAUUUGUUUUAUGGGGAUUGGAUAUUGGAUGAUAGGUAUCCCUUGUACAAUGCCUCUGAAUGCCCUUUUGUAGAGCAAGGAUUCAACUGCUUAGAAAAUGGUCGGAAGGAUGAUGGGUAUCUUAAGUGGAGAUGGAAGCCGAAAAGUUGUGCCAUUUCGAAAUUCAAUGUGCAACAUCUUUUGCAAAUGUUACGUAACAAAAGAAUCGUUUUUGUUGGUGAUUCAAUGAGUAGAACACAAUGGGAAUCCUUGAUAUGUUUGUUGAUGACUGGGGUGGAAGAUAAGAAAAGUGUCUAUGAAGUAAAUAGGAGCAAGAUAACAAAACAAAUAAGAUUCCUGGGAGCGAGAUUCAGCUCUCUCAAUUUUACUAUCGAAUUCUUUAGAUCAGUGUUCCUUGUGCAACAUAACUGGGCACCGAGACGUGGGCCAAAAAGGGUUAGAUCGACACUGAGGCUGGACAAGUUGGAUGAUAUCAGUAAUGAGUGGAUAAAUUCGGAUGUUCUGAUAUUCAAUACUGGACAAUGGUGGGUGCCGGGGAAGCUUUUUGGAAUGGGUUGCUACUUCCAGAUUGGUAACACCUUGAAGCUAGGAUUGCCUAUUGACUCUGCAUUCAGAAUAGCUUUGAAUACUUGGUCUACUUGGAUUGAUAGAAUGAUUGAUUCCAACAGAACACGCGUCUUCUUCCGAACUUUUGAACCAUCUCAUUGGAGUAAUCAAACCUUGCGCUUAUGUGACGUGACGACUCAACCUCUUUCAGAGACCAGAGGGUAUGAAAGUAGCCCUUUUUCGGACACCAUAUUGGAUGUAGUGAAGACCAUGGCUGUUCCGGUCACAGUUCUGCACAUAACUCCCUUAUCUGCGUUUCGGAGUGAUGCACAUGUGGGCCUUUGGGGGGACAAGCCAAACAUGUCAGAUUGCAGCCAUUGGUGUCUACCUGGAGUACCUGACACAUGGAAUGAAUUGCUUCUUACCGCGCUUUUUAGCAACAAAGAGGCAUCUUUCAGGUCACAUGUAUGAAAGUGCUUUUUCUUUUUCCUGUCCAAGUGUACAUUUCCUGAUGGAAGACGCCCAGAAAUUGUGGCGUGGCUGUGAUUUUUUUGAUAGAGUUGUAUAGAUACCUGGGGAGCUCUGUAUGUCUGUUGUGAUAAAUUCAAUCAUUUGUAUGGUACUUUUGUAGAAAUCAGAAGAUGUAACGAUUCGUUGCUGUUUCUUCCCCUGCGGCACUCUGUUUGUCUAAGAAAUGAAAAUAACAUUUCAUAGAAUCAGUCGCAUCUUCUGUAACAAAUUUUGACUCUUUCAAAUCAGUGUAAAGUACAUUUGUAAUUGUAAAGAUAUAAUGUUGACCCUCAAAUCUUCCAGUGAUAUAAUGUUAUGGAGAUGUUUUUCAGUGGGAGCAGAUGCACCGAACUUUCAUGUUUGAGUUACUUUUGGAGUGGAUAAAAGGGUCAACUUGUAAGAAAGGUUAUUAAUGCAAAUAUCCCUAUUGGUGUUAAAGACAGAAGAUGGAUUAAGUUAAAUGUAAAU